GUUAUCAGUUUUUGGUAUUUCAUUUGUAUGAAGUCCAACGUUCAUGUACAUAUUUACAUGUGCAUAUAGAUAGUAUAUCUUGAUUUAUAAGACGUCGAUUUAUUUUAUUUUCCUGUAUGCGCAUGUACAUAGAAAUAAGAUGAUAUUUGACUUCCUAGUAUUUCUUCAAAUCUAGAAAAAGAGAUAAAAAUUAUAUAUAAUUUUUGAAAGUAAACUCUGUAUAAAGUACAGUUUUCCGUUGUCAGAGGCGAGGAGCAAUAAUCACAGUUUAAUAUCAGAAACGUCUUCUCUUCCGUUCCACCCCUACGUUAUUUUUCGUCCCCACCCCUAUUUCCCCUCUUAAACGCACCAUCGCUGUAUGUCUUUUCCAACGAUCAGUGUUAAUCAGCGCGGGAACGACGAAGAAUCAACAGGAUGACUCGUUCGAUCUUCUUCUGCGUGUUUCUCGUUGUUUCGAGUAUUCUUCAGCUUUGCUAUGCCGUCGAAUUCAAAGAUUGUGGUUCUAAAAUUGGACACUUUACAAAGAUAACUAUUUCUAAUUGCGAUACAUCUAAAACAGCAUGCGAAUUAGUUCGAAAUUCAAAUGUGAGUCUUACUAUAGACUUUAUCCCAUCUCAAGAUAUUUCCAAAAUAGAAGCAGUGAUUCAUGGUGUAAUUGCAGAUGUGCCAAUACCAUUUCCUCUAUCACAUCCCGAUGUUUGUACUAAUCCUGAAUCUAACAUACAGUGUCCUUUGAAAAAGGAUACUGAAUAUACUUAUAAAGCUGUUUUACCAGUCGAAAAUACCUAUCCUAAGUUGUCUCUUAAAGUUCGAUGGGAACUUCAAGAUGAGAAUAAACAGGAUAUAAUUUGUGUUUCCAUACCGGCAAAAAUUAAAUAGGAAUCUCAUAAAUAUGAAUAAGAUUAUUUUUACUUAUAAUUAUCUACUAUUUUCAAUGAAUAAUGAAUGGGGUUCUUAACGAUAUUGAUUUGUAAUUGUAAUAAGUAUAAAUGGUUUAUAAUGAUUAAAAUGAUUACAUAAUUUUGAAUUAA